AUGUCAAAUAUAGAGCAGCAAUGGUGGAAUGAAGAGAUUAAAGACAUGUAUAAACUGAUCAUCUUUUACAGCUAUAUUUUGUCAUCUGUAUCAGUAUUUCCUCGAAUUUUAUAUUCGGCUUAUAUUCUCUCAUCUGAUUUAGCCUUUUAUACCCUUAUUCUAACUUCUACUCAUCUAGCUUGCUUUUGCUUGAUAAAAUACUUUGAAAACAAAUCUGCCUUAUCAAAAAGUAUAAUUGCUGUUCUAUUUCUAGAAUUUUAUACACUUUCUUGCUAUAUUCCUUCAAUGAAAAAUAGAGAGCAUAUAUGCUUGAGGUGAAUUUUCUCUUUAAUUCUCCCUUUGUUAGUGAAAGAAAUGAAAAUUCCUAUUUUUGGAAAAAUACCCCUUUCUUAGUGAGCAAAACUUUUUAAAUAUUAAAAAUGAUAAUUUGAUGUAUAAAUAAUAAUUAUUACGUAGAAUCCAACUAAUUCUAUUAGAUUUUAGACAGCUUCUACUCAAAAACAUAAUUUUAUUAAUUAAAUUAAAAAUAAAAAUUAACCUAUUGGUUAUCUAGGAUAAAUUUUCUUCUCUCUAAACAAGGGUGGAAUUAGUAACAACAAUUCAAUUUCAGCUCCCAAUGGUGAAAAACAAAGUUAUUUUUAAUCUUCUCCUCAUAAAAAUUUUGCCGUAUUUAUGGCGGGCGAAUAUAGGGCUCCCAACUUUGAUGUUAGUUCCGAAAACUCUAGCUUCUGAAGCCCACGGACCUAGGUGCCAACAAUUCCGAAUUUGGGUUUGGGCCUAGGCGGGCUGGGCUUUUCCCUCAACCCGCAGACAAGAUGCAGAUUGUACAUUAUCAGAUAACACUUCUGGAUGAGCAUUCUCUGCCUGCAAAUGACGGAGGGAGUUCCAGUAGGAGGCAUUUGAUGUUUUAACUCGUACUCUGAGAGGUAAAAAGGGAUAAGAGGUUUUUGUUGUAAAAUCUGAUUCAAGCAAGCUAGGGUGAGCUUUACUGUUAGACUGUCGAUGCCAUCAUUUUUGAUGGAUAACUUUAAUGCUAGGUACCACAUGAACAUAAAGCUGAAGCUAGACUGACUAAGUCUGAAAUAAUUCCCUUUUAACCCCUCUAAUCGUAAUCAUUCUCCUCAUAAAGCAUAUUUUAAUGUGAUAUUAUCUGUCAGUUGACAUUGAAGUCCUAAAGAAAUCAUAUGACAUCACUCCAGUUGUAGCUGCUGCCGCAGUAAUUAUUGUAUGUAAUAUAGGAAAUUAUUACCGCCUCAAAAUUUCUUAUGAGAGAUUUGUAUUUUCCAAAGAAGUUGAGGCCUCUAAAAAUCGAUUUGAAAUAAUUACGCAAGCUUUUACGGAUGGUAUCAUAGUCAUAACAGUAAACCAAAAAGUAGAAUUUUAUAACUCUACAGCUCUGGAAUUUUUGAAUUGCAGAUAUCAUGAAAUUUUUUCAGAGCUUAUGAAAUGCAAAUAUUGUGCUGAAAAAAAAAUUUCUCAAUUUAAUCAUUCCGAUAUGCUUAUUGAUGAUUUAAAUUAUAUUUUCGAAAAUGCUCAAGUAGGGGAGGUGACUCUCGGGGUGAUUCAAAUAAAUAAUAUUAAUCUGGAAUGAAAAGCAAAAAAUAUUAUUUGAGAAAGAAAUCAAGCUAUAUUUUUGACUAUAAGGAAUAUCAAUCAAAUUAUUGAGUUAGAAAAAUCUAUAGCUAAUGACCAUAUGAAAACAGUUCUUUUAAGAUCAGUUUCUCAUGAGCUAAAAACUCCGCUCAAUGCUAUAGCUUUUUUUACAGAUGAGUUGAUAGAAAAGCCACUAAUUGAGAUGCCAGAUAGUGAAAAAGAAAAAUUAAAACUAGUCUUAAUUUCGUCAAAACUCAUGCUUUCUCUAAUUAAUGAUUUACUAGACUACUCAAAAAUGCUGGCAGGAGCUUUUACUAUAAAUAAAACGAGCUCUGAUAUAAGGCAAGCUAUUUAUAACGCAUGUGAUUUGAUAAGUAUGCAAGCUAAAAAGAAAAAUAUAAGCCUGAUUUAUAGAGUUGAUCCUAAUAUACCUGAAUUAGUUUUUACUGAUAUUGUGAGAUUCAGCCAAAUUUUAUUGAAUCUAUUAAGCAAUGCCUUAAAAUUCACAAUAAAAGGCUACAUAGAAAUUUGUGUUUGAAUUAACUCAGAAAACAAGCUUGAAUGCAAAGUAGAAGACACCGGAAUAGGGAUAAAUAAAGAAAUCAAAAGAAAAUUAUUUACAGAAUUCAGCACAAAUUAUAACCCAGUUCUUAAUUCCCAGGGAAGCGGACUUGGGCUAUGAAUCUCUAAUUUUUUAGUAAAAUCAUUAGGUGGAUCAGGAAUAAAAGCAAAGUCCAAACUCGGCAAAGGCUCAAGCUUUCUCUUUGCUAUUGAUAUUUAUGAAGAUACGCCUGAAAUCCGAAGUUAUGAAGAAUCUUUGGCAAAUAUUGAUGAAGCUGCUAGCAAAUCUGAUUUUUAUUUUGACAGAAAUUUCAAUAAUGUCCUAAAUUCAAAAGUUCUUAUUGUAGAUGAUAACGAGCUAAAUAGGAUGAUACUUGCUUCUAUUUUAAGUCAAAAUAAUAUCAGCUAUGCAGAAGCUUGAAAUGGGAAAGAUGCCUUAAAUAAAAUCAUCGAAUGCAAUAAUAAAGGCAGUAUGUAUUCUAUUGUGAUUAUGGAUUGUAAUAUGCCUGAAAUGGAUGGUUUUGAGGCUACUCGAGAAAUAGUUAAAUUGUAUCUAAUGAAAAAGUUAUAUCGAUUGCCUAAUAUUAUUGGAUAUUCCGCUUACAGUUCGGAUGAAGAUAGAAACGCCUGCUUCGAGUGUGGGAUGGUUGAUUAUUUACCAAAGCCUUCACCAUCAGAAAAAAUAAUAAACUUGAUAAAACAAUACCUAUAA